ACUGGGUCCUGGAGUCAGCCUGCAUGCCUACGACAUCGCGGUCCUGGUCGUCUACUUUGUCUUCGUCAUUGGCGUGGGGGUCUGGAGAUGGACAACUGAGGCCCAGAGAGGGCUGUGACCUGCCAGAGCUCACACAGCGAGCCCCAAUCUGCCGCCCGACUCCCUGACCCUGUACAUCUGCUCCUUUGGCCCCACGCAUCCCUGGCCUCCCCGCGUCCCAUUCCUGCCCUCCUCCACACGCCAGCAUCCCCAGUUCUGCGAAUGCUUGACUCCUGGACCCACCACACCUUCCACCAGAUGGUGCCUUGACAAGGAGCCGUGCUUUCUAAAGAGCUGGGUCUUCCAUCCGUGCCACCCGAGGGACCAUUGGCGGCUACUUCCUGGCGGGAAGGUCCAUGAGCUGGUGGCCAAUCGGAGCAUCUCUGAUGUCCAGCAAUGUGGGCAGCGGUUUGUUCAUCGGCCUGGCUGGGACAGGGGCCGCUGGAGGCCUUGCUGUGGGUGGCUUUGAGUGGAAUGCAACCUGGCUGCUUCUGGCCCUCGGCUGGAUCUUCGUCCCCGUGUACAUAGCAGCCGGUGUGGUCACAAUGCCGCAGUACCUGAAGAAGCGAUUCGGGGGCCAGAGGAUCCAGGUGUAUAUGUCUGUCCUUUCCCUCAUCCUCUACAUCUUCACCAAGAUUUCAACUGACAUCUUCUCUGGAGCCCUCUUCAUCCAGAUGGCCUUGGGCUGGAACCUUUACCUCUCCACUGUGAUCCUGCUGGUGGUGACGGCCGUCUAUACCAUCACAGGGGGCCUCACGGCCGUGAUCUACACAGACACUCUGCAGACGGUGAUCAUGGUGGGGGGAGCCCUGGUCCUCAUGUUUCUGGGCUUUCAAGAGGUGGGCUGGUACCCAGGCCUGGAGCAGAGGUACAGGCAGGCCAUCCCUAAUGUCACAGUUCCCAACACCACCUGUCACCUCCCCAAGCCCGACGCCUUCCACAUGCUCCGGGACCCUGUGAGCGGGGACAUCCCUUGGCCAGGCCUCAUUUUCGGGCUCACGGUGCUGGCCACAUGGUGCUGGUGCACCGACCAGGUCAUUGUGCAGAGGUCUCUCUCCGCCAAGAGUCUGUCCCACGCCAAGGGGGGCUCCGUGCUGGGGGGCUACCUGAAGAUCCUUCCCAUGUUCUUCAUCGUCAUGCCUGGCAUGAUCAGCCGGGCCCUGUACCCAGAUGAAGUGGGCUGCGUGGACCCUGACAUCUGCCAAAGAAUCUGCGGGGCCCGUGUGGGAUGUUCCAACAUCGCCUACCCCAAGCUGGUCAUGGCUCUCAUGCCCGUGGGUCUGCGGGGCCUGAUGAUCGCAGUGAUCAUGGCCGCCCUCAUGAGCUCACUCACCUCCAUCUUCAACAGCAGCAGUACCCUGUUUGCCAUUGACGUGUGGCAGCGCUUCCGCAGACAGGCAACAGAGCAGGAGCUGAUGGUGGUGGGCAGAGUGUUUGUGGUGUUCCUGGUCGUCAUCAGCAUCCUCUGGGUCCCCAUCAUCCAAAUCUCCAACAGCGGGCAGCUCUUCGACUACAUCCAGUCUGUCACCAGCUACCUGGCCCCGCCCAUCACUGCCCUCUUCCUGCUGGCCAUCUUCUGCAAGAGGGUCACAGAACCUGGAGCCUUUUGGGGCCUCAUAUUUGGCCUGGUGGUGGGGCUUCUGCGCAUGAUCCUGGAGUUCUCGUACCCAGCCCCAGCCUGUGGGGAGGCAGACCCGAGGCCGGCCGUGCUGAAAGACUUCCACUACCUCUACUUUGCACUCCUCCUCUGUGGGCUCACGGCCAUCGUCAUCGUUACUGUCAGCCUCUGCACAACCCCCAUCCCUGAGGAAAAGCUCGCUCGCCUGACGUGGUGGACACGGCACUGUCCUCCCUCUGAGCUGGAGAAGGAGGUGCAGGAGAGCACAGCAGGGACAGCAGACAUGCCAUCUGGGGAGGGUCCUACAGGGGCCGGAGGGACAGAGAACCCCAGGCACGGCCAGGAACAGCCUGCAGCCCCACGCAGGUCCUGGGGACAGCUGCUCUGGGGCUGGCUGUGCGGGCUCUCGCGGGCCCCGGAGCAAGCGCUGAGCCCCGCGGAGAAGGCCGCGCUGGAGCAGAAACUGACCAGCAUCGAGGAGGAGCCGCUCUGGAGAAGCGUCUGCAAUGUCAACGCCAUCCUCCUGCUGGCCGUCAACAUCUUCCUCUGGGGCUAUUUUGCGUGACUCUGCAGGCCUGCUAUCAGCCAAGGCAGGUUAAACACAGCCAGGCCUGGCCGGCUAGAAACAGUCUCCCUUCCCACCUCGCUGCCCACACUGAGCCCUCAGAGGCUGAGACUGCAGGAGCCCCUAAAGGGCACCCCAUCCAGCCAGUACACUGACGGGUGGAGCCAGGAGGCCCAGAGAGGGCCCUGGGUCUGCUCAGGCCACACAGUAGGACUCGCACUGGGUCGCCUGACUCCAACUCUUCUCCACUACCGUACCUUUCACUCCUACGUCAAAAACACUAUUUCUGCCCUCUGGUGAGUCUGUCCAGGAGCUUUUAUUCUACAUGUGUCAUGAGGUCAAAAAAGUGGAAGAUACAAGAAAAAGAAUGGCAAGAAAGUUGCAAAAAUCCUCAUGCAUCUUUGCUCACCCGUAUCCCUUCCUUGUCCUCCUUCUCCCUCCUUUACUCUCUGGCUCCCAAUCCCCGGUCACCUAUUUGCAGCGAGAAUCUCCCCAGAAAGGCCUUAUACUUUCACUGAUGGCUCUGCACUGGUGGCUGUCAGACCCGAAGGAGCGAGAGACCAGGGUGGAGGGUAAACAUGGUGGCAGACGGCAUUUGGGCAGGGAGCUCUCCUUGGCACCCCUCAAAUCUGCCUCUUCCUACCCUCACAUCCAAACAUGCACCAAGUCUCCAGGCCUCGAGGAACUUAGAGGCCAGCUGGAAAGACAUGACUUGUUGGAGACAAGAGGAAUCAGGCCGGGCUGCUUGGUGCUAUGAGCAAGCCCUGCGGAGGGGCAACACGGACAGCCUAGGAGGCCCCACAGCUGCGCCUGUGCCCGCUCCCUCUGCCUGCCAGGCAUCUGGCUACUCUGGAAAACACCAUGACCUUGCCUGGGUGUCCCUCCUCCAGGAAGCCGCCCGAUGCCCACAACUGGAUCAAAGUCCCAUUCCUGGUCGCACAGCCUCUGGACCUGCUUCUGCGGCAGCACCGAUCACUGCGCUGUGAGGUUUGCCUCCCGGACCAGACUGAGCACUCCAAGGGGCAGGGACCAAGGACCACAUCCCAAGUGACUUUGUACCCAGAAAGUAACAGGUGUUGCUUUAGUAACAGUAAACGUUGAAUUGGUAAUUCUCCAAAGUCCUGGUAGGCUUUGCACUGCAGCUGGCUGGGUGGUGAGCUGGGGAACCAGUGGUGGGGAGGAAUCUCCUUCAGCUGGAGUUUACACGCUGAGCCUCAGAUGUCUAGAACAAAACCGCAGCUUCAUCCCAUUGCCAAAGUCAUCCGUGAGAAUGUCCCUUCCUUUUUCUAUCUUCCUGUCUAGGCUGUCCCGACUCUCAUGGGAUCCUCUUUAACGCUGCCUUUGAUCAUCACUUUAUGCUAAUCACUCAUCAUAAUUGAAUACAAAUAAAAUUCUUGUUUUGAGGGUUUCAAUACAUCUGAGUCUAUGAAUACCUCCUAUUGCUGCUGCCCCCUCCACAUUUCUG